GGAAAAGAAAGAUGGCUGGCUGCUUGACAACAUAGGUGUAAACAAUCACAAACACACGAAUUCAUGGCUUGAAAGUUAAAUUAAUGGUUAGAAUUAGUUAAAGGUAAGCUGAAAUUAUUGUAGAUUAUUUAAAAUUAUAAAUUUAUCAAUCAUCAUUUAUAGUUUUUUAAAGAAAAUAUAUUCGCAAAGAUAGUUUGUUUAAAUUACCAAAAACUAUUUUAAUUUUACUGACAAUGUCGUUGAAGUUGAAUGCCAAUGAAUGUCAAUACUAAAAUAUUGCUGAGACUGAGAGGGCGAGACCGAGGUUUUGAAUAGCUUACUCAGAUGGGCUUUGGUUGAGGCCGUUAAAUUAGUAACUAAAAUGUUACUAGUAUCUUAGAAUAUUGGAAUAUAUUAUUAUAUAUCUUGCUUCUAUUUCUAUGUCAAUCUAUGUGAAUGAUUCAGUGAAUGUCUAUAAACUACGUGACAUGAUUUAUUAGUAACGAAAUUUUAGUUUAUUAGAAUUUAAUUAAUUAAUUUAUUAUUUAUAUUGAGAUAGCAGAUAGAAAUAUAAAAUACACCCUUUCCUUUACUUACAGUUACAUUUUACAUUAUUCAUUAUUAUUUACUUUAAAGGCAGAUACUCAUUGUCAUAGGUCCAGAAUAGGAGCCAGAAGAGAAUCAUCAAUACAUUGAUGGUGGGCAUUCAAAAUAUAGAAGAAAAGCAGAAUAAAUACUAAAUAAAUAAAUAAAUUCAUUUGAUGAUGUAGUAGAAUACAAUUUAACAAAUCUUAUGCCUAUGACUAUAUUAUGUAUUUAAAUUUAAGUUAUUUACAUCUCUCUUAAGUAUCACAUGCUGAAAAAAAAACAAGGUGACCAUGCUAAUAAUGCUAUAAAUAUUAAGACAUUAAGUUAAGCAUGGUCCAUGGAUACACUUUAGCACAGAUCAUUGAUUAUUAAUUGUGACAUAAUAAAUUAUAAUGUUAUUGGCAUAACUUUAAUAAGGCUAAAAAAUGUGAGUGCCCUGAAAAGAUGCAGAAAUCAGAAUGUCAUUAUAGAUGAUACCUUUUGUAUUUUGGAAUUUUCAAAAUAUAGUUUUGUUUUGCUCAUAUCAUGAUCAAGACAAAAAUUACUGACGCACUUAAUCACAAUAUGACACUUGAAAGCAGUAGAUGUAUUUUGUCUUCCUCUUCAAAUUGUAAAAAAAAUUGAUUUUAAAUACAUAUCUUCAAAUUAAUAUAAUUGAUAACACGCAUUUAGCUCCUUUUUUGUUGCACAUUAUCGUUGUUUAAAGUAGUGUUCAUUAUAUUUUCAUUUGGAAUAAGAAAAAACAAUGUUCCUCUUUCUAUUUUUGUACCCUAUUAAUGACACAAAUAAUAUGCAUAAAUUAUGGUUAUUUUGUAUGAGCAUAUUGUAAAAGUAAAGGCUAUACUAAACAUGCAUAUUUCCCAGCAGUGAAUAAAAAUUAAAAAUGCCCAGUGCUGGUGCUCUUCCUGCUCCUUUUAUCACCCCAAUACACCGGGAUUGCCAUGGUCUACAGCUUCCUGUCAACAAAAUUGAUGUGUCAACACUCAUUGAAUUAAGCACUGGUGAGGCCUAUAGCAUAAAUCUGCUUAAAUGUUUAAAAUUUACUUAAACCAAAAAUCAGUAGAAUGACUUGUAAAUCAGUUUAAGUAAUAAGAACUACGCAGCUGCAUCAAUGAAAUACCAGUUCAUAUCACACCUCUCCAUGUCUGCUAGCUGAAAUGUUAUUCUACCCUUCAACAAAUCAAACAACAGUUUCCUCCUUAUUUAUAAAUAUAUUUACUAUAUUUAAAGAUUAUAAAGGAAAGAUGACCCGCAUUUAUUAUGCUAAUGCAAAAUGUGUAAAGUAUUCUUUACAGAAAUGUUUAGUAUUUGUCAAAGAUAGUUAUUUUUCUCAAAAUAAUUCUAUAAUUUGUUUAUUCUUUUUUUUUCACAGAGGCACCAAAUUGUAAAAUAUAUUUUACAACAGAUGGCAGCAAACCUUUACCAUUUCAAAGAAAAAUUGGUGGCAAAGAAAGAACAUUUAAAUAUUUUGCUCCAUUUACCUUAAAGGCUGGAAAACGCACAUUAAAAGCUGUUUCUGUUUCAAGGUUUAUUUUUAUUUUCAAAUUCUAUAUUUAUAUUAGUAAAGUUAAAAAAGUUGACAAAAGCAGAUUACAGUUCUGCAUUAACAAGUUCUUCAUCUUCUUACAUGACUUUUGUGAUCCCUGCAUCAGCCAUUGUCCUUUGUUAAUGUGAGAGUACCUGAUUUUAAUAACUACCAUUUCAAUAACUUCUUGAAUUUUUGUAAUUGAAUCUUAUAAAUGCAAGACAUAAUACUAGUGAAUAGCAAAUGGUCAUUUUUUUGGAGGUGGGAAAUUGUAUUUGGGUCUGUAGGCUGCUAAAGACUUGGUAAAAUUCUUUAUUUUUUAGAGAUGGACUUCUUGAAAGUGCUGUUGUCUCUAAAGACUUCAAUGUUGCAGACCUGAAUAACACAGGCACAACUGAUGGAUAUGACAGCACUACCAGUGGAAUGACAUUACAGUCAUUUUUAACAGAAUCAUCUGAUGGUGAAUACAAUCUCAAGCCAGGGAAAGUGAAUGGCAUACGGCAGGUGGGAUUUAAAAUAGUUAACACUUGGUAUUCAAGAAGCAAAACAAAUCAUUUCUAGAAACCUGAUGUCCAAAAUGAAUUGUUUUAAAGCUACAAUUAUAUAUAUUAGGCUAUUGAUUAAGAAUUUGUGUACAGUUACAUUUCUUAGAGCAUAAAAUCGCUGUUCAUUUUUCAAACUCAUUCCUUUUAUAUUGUAAUUUAAAAGUAAGACCCAAUGAUCCUUUAAGUCCUUAAAAAAUAUAUAUACUCAUAAAAUUAGAAACGGUCACCUGAGAAAUCAAGACGAGUACCUCCAAAAGAGGCAUGGACUUCUACCUACUAUCAAGACCCUUCAGCAACUGGAGCAUCUAAUGACAGUGAGUUUUUAUAAGUUCAGCUUAUAAGGAAUAAUGAAAAAUAAAUUUUGAUUAAUAAUAGAAACAUAUGUAAAAAAAUAUUGGACUUUAUAGUAGCUUUGCAAUAAUUUUAACAAAUAACCUAACAAAAAUGACAGAUAGCGAACACUUUUCUGAGGAUGCAUUACAGUUUUUGUAUUAUAUUUAUAUGAAUUUUUUACAUUUUUAUUUGAUAAUAGAAAUUAUUUUUUUACAUUUUACUUGCUUUUUCAUUAAAGAGAACAUUAACUAAAUCUAUUAAAUCAAAAUUUAACUUAAGUAAUUAAUUUCAGUUACGGAUGUAUGUGUGAUAUAUUAUUCAAGAGUAUUUCUUAUUCAUGUAGGUCAAUAUCCCCAAAUGUUAGAUGGACAAUUUAAUCCAAACAAAUAUUAUGGGACACAAAUAAAUGUCUGGGGAGGUCCACCAGGCUCCUGGCCUGGGAUGAGUGUAAAUAAUAAUGGUACUGUCACAUUUGGACAAGGUCCUCCUGGAGCUCCAUACCCAGUUCAGUAUGGAUUUUUGACAGAACAGAUGAUUAAAGUAAGGAUUCUUCUUAUUUGGAACAAGGCUAUUAUAUCAUGCCUAACAAUGACUAGAGAGAAUUUUUGCAUUGUUUGGUUUUAAACACUGAAAAUAUGAAAUGAUACAGAUUAAUUUUAUAUUGCAUUUAUAAUGGUAGAAGAAAUUUCAAAUGCAUCCAAAAUAUUCAAUUUCUGGUUGAAUUAAAUUGAUGAAACUUAUAUAUAAAUUUGCUCUGGAUUUAAUUUAAGAUGAACAAGCUACAAUUUUUUUUAAAGUCCUAAACGAUAGAGAGGUGAGUGCUCUCAACAAUCAUGACUUUAAUUUUACAGAAUAUUUUCACAACUGAAUGCUUUUCAAUUUUUUUCAUUGGUUUGAAUAAAAAUGAUACAAUAUUUUUAUUUAGAUAAAACAAAAGAACACCUUUAUACUUGACUCUAAUUCCAAGUAAUUAAAAAAAAUUACCUUUUGUAAAUUAAGAUUGUUUGAAGGAGCAAUGAAUUUCCUAUUCAUUUGCCUUUCAGACAUAUAAGAUACAUUUAUGACUCACUGGAGGUAACCAUCCUUAUACCAUUUCAUGAUAUACAUUUUUUAAAAUUAGACUGUUACAAUUAAAAACAAUAGGUGUCAACUUUCCUUAGAAAUAAUGUUAAAAAUCUAUUUAAAAAGGGAACUCUUCAAUAUUUUUGUUCCCCAGGGUCUAAAGCAAAAGGAAGAACCAAAAAAGUCAGAAAACCUGACCCUCGGUGACAUCAGGAAAUUAAUGGAAGAAACAAAACCGAAGCCUGCACCACCUCCUGCCAUUGAGUAUAAGCCAAUCUGGAAAGAUCCACCACUAAAUGAUGUUAGUCCUGGAAAUGGUGGGUACACAUUACCUUUUGUACCAGAACAAACCGAUAAAUGGUUUUCCAGGCACCUUGUUAAUCUACCUCCUGAAGCUCAAGAUUAAAAUUCUCAUUACUUUCCUCCUCAUCGAGGUUUAAUUAGCAUUUUUGUUGUAAUUAUUUUCUACAAUCUUCAUUAUAUUUUAAAUAUGUUUAGGUUUUUGGUAAUUAAUGCAAAUUCUUGGUUGUUUUUGGAGGAAUCUGUGAUAGUGCCAGUUGUGCAAGAUGUGCCAGAUUUUCACUCCAGUACACAUGUACACCAAUAGGCUUAAGUUUUAAAAAAUUCUUUUAAAGAAAAAACAACAAAUUACAUUCAUUUUUACUUCUGACAAUAUUUCUAAUCUUUAAUUUUUAGGAAUAAUACAGUAUUAUCAGCAGCCCCAUUCACCCUCUUAUCAGCAGCACCAUUCACGCCCUUAUCAGCAGCACCAUUAAAUAUUUCCUAUUAUAUUUUACAGAUGAUUAUCAAGGCAACAUUCUUCAUGUUUUUGCACAUAUGCUGGAAAUGGCUAAAAAUAAAGUUAAUUUCAAGAAGAGUAUUGGAGAGUUCAAGAUGGGCAAGGUAGACAUGUAUUUCUUGAAGGUGUUAGGAAUUGAUAGUACAUUAAUUGAUUGAACCACUUAAACUAAUUUAUUUCAUUAUAAUACUUUUCUUUGAUUCUGUAUUAUUUUCACUGUUUUAAACUUACAUAAGCAUCAACUACUCAAAUAUAUCAAAACGUAAAGCAUUUUGUAACUUUUUGUGUUUAGACAAGUGAUAAACAAUGUUAUUUAUAUUUAAACUUAAAUUAAAUAUUGACUUGAUAUAAAAGAAAUGUUACUUACUUACUUAUGGCUUUUACCCUGUCUGGGGCAUAGACCUUCUACAGGAAUUUUCCAUUCAUCUAGGUCCUCUGCCUUACUUUCCAGUUGCUUCUAGGUGUAUGCCAUUCUUUGCGUGUCUGCUUCUAGUUUGCAUCUAAGUAUUCUUAGGUCUUCUUUUCUUUUUGUUUCCCUGUGUAUUCCAUGUUAGGCAUUGUCUGGUAAUGUUAUCUUGGGGUUUUUAGACAAGGGUGCCCUAUCCACCUCCAUCUUUUCCUUAUGAUGUCCUCAGCAAUAGGCUCCUGGUAUGUGCUUGCAGUAAGUCUUUGUUGAUGAUGGUGUUUGGCCAUUUGAUGUUCAGAAUCUUUUUAAGGCAAGUGUUUAUGAAGGUCUGUACUUUCUGCAUAAUGCUUGCUGUUCACGUUUCGGCUCCAUAGAGUAGUACUGUUUUGACAUUUAUGUUGAAAAUUCUGACUUUUGUUUGCAGAGUCAGUUCCUUUAACUUCCAUAUUUUCUUUGAUGUUAGUGAGUAUAAAAUACUGUUGAUGGUUUGUACUAGAGUUUAAGCAAAAGAAAUCCCCAUUUAUUUGUAUUGUAAAUUCAACAUUUUUUUACUACAUUAUUUAUUUAUUUUAUCUAACAGAUCUUGGAAGCCAAACUUGAAGAUGAGGGUGAUGGUUACAGACUGAACAUGGUACUAGCUAAACCAGGAACUCAAAGUAUGCUAUUUUGACAAAUUUGUCUGCUAAAACAAAUUUAGCUAUGUCAAUGUUAUGACAGAAUUAUAUGUACAUAAUUAAUUAAAAUUUGAAAGAAAAAUCUUACAAUUGUAUGAAAUUCUUUUUUUAUGUUGAUUUAAAGACUGUAUAAAAUUUAAACAAUCACAUGACUGACAUUUCCCAAUGUAUAAAGCUUAAUAAAAUUUAAUUUCAGGAGGGCUCAAUAAGAAAUCUGCUAAAGCCCCAGCUACCAAGAAGUCUGUACCUAAAGCACCUGCCUCUCCCCCGCCUGCCCCCACAAAGCCAGUUGAACCACCCAAACCAGUGGAGCCACCUAAACCCAAGCCUGAGAAGAAAUCUGAUCCUUACUUUGAGAAAGAAAUUGAGAACUUACCAGUAAAUGGCUGACAUUUUCAACAAGAUAUUUUCAAAAAGACAUUUUCAACAAGAAAUUUCUAAAAAGACAUUUUCAACAAGACAUUUCCAAAAAUACAUUUCCAAAAAUACAUUUUUGAAAAUUUAAGAUUUAAAAAAAAUUUAUCUUGACUAAAAAUAUUUUUUAACAGCUUGCUUAUUUAUAAUAUCAAAUUUUAUAAUUUUCCUGUCCAAAUACACAAAUAAAAUAGUUUUUUAGGUUUUGUCCAUCAAACAUUUUAAGGUGGUAACAUGGAGAGGACUGAUUUCAGGUUGAAGCAAUAAGAAAUAUAAUCAGGGUAGUGGAAAACCUGAAGACAAAGUCAACAAAACAUUGGCUUUUUCAGAUAAACACCUUCAAAAGCAACAAAAAAUAACAGAAACAAUAAAGGAUUUGGAUAACCAUACCAGAGAAUAAAAAUAACAAAUUAUUCCGAGUCAGUAAGAGGGAGAUGGACAGGAAGUUAUAACAUUACUAUUCUUUUUAAGAAGUAAGUUAAUCUGCAAUUAUUUAUUUCCUUUCUCUGCAGUGUCAGGGAACACUAAAAUCAUUUGAACCAUUCAAUGCUGAAGGAGAUGCUGAAGUCUUGAAAAAUGCCAUGAAAGGACUUGGUAAAAUAUUUGUUGAUUUGUAAAAUUAUUCCUUUAAUCACUUGAUCAAUUUUAAUGUAUAUUUUUGAUGACAUAUAUUUUAAAAAUUCAUUUUUUUUGCUUUCAAUUAAGCCUCUUGGUCAUGUUUAUUUUCAGUAAAAAAAAGUUGUACAUAUGAAACAAAGUGUUUCCUGUUUCUUCCGUUUCAAAGAACUAUUAAAUAUAAAAGAACCAUUUCACAGGUACUGAUGAAGAUGGUCUUAUUAAUGUACUGGCUUACAGAUCCAGCCCACAACGUGCACAGAUUGUAUCAGCUUACAAAACUAUGUUCGGCAAGGUAAGUAGCAGUUAGGAUAUGUUGGUGUAACAUGAAUAGAUUAGUUAGAAAAGGGAUAUACAGCUACUCUUGUCACUGUGUUGAUUAAUUGUUGAACUUCACCUUCUGAUUAUGUUAAGCGAAUCUCAUUUCUUUGCUUUUUUUCCUUAAAAAAAUUAAAGCUCAAAAACUGUUACAUCAGUAAUAUGAUUAGAGAAGGCAAGCCUAAAAAAAAAAAAAUUAAUAAAUAACUGUUUCUUAAUAUUUUUUUGAUGUACCCUGUUUAAUGCUGUAUGCAUUUUAUGCCAAGGUGGGACAGUUUAUCCACUUUAAAAGUUAUCAUAGUUUCCCCAGCAUUCGCAUUCAUGUCAUCAAAUUAAUGAAAUAAUGUUUAUUCAGAUUUGGAGACAAAUUUACUAUGGUUUAUCAUGAAAUGAGAAGAUGCAUUCUUAUAUUUCAACACAUUACCGGGAAAAUGUGUAAAUAAAAAAAUUUGGGAACAUAACUAUUUCCAUGUUACCAGGAUGGAUUUUUGGGCAAUAAUAUCCUUAAAGACAUACACUUGGUUUUAAUUUAGCCUUGUGAUGUUACUUUGCUGUAUCAUGCCACUUUGCUUUAUGAUUCCACUUUGAUGUAUCAUGGCACUCUGCUGUAUCAUACCACUUUGAUGUGUAAAGAAACCCAUCAAAAUUCUUCAUUGAAUGAAACAGGAUCUUGCUGAAGACAUUAAAAGUGAAACCAGUGGAAAUUUCUGUGAGGCUUUGAAAGGUCUUUUACUGAAACCAGCUGAAUUCGAUGCUCAUAUGCUGCGUGGGGCAAUCAAGGUAUUUUUAAAGCACAACUAAAUACUGAAUCGGCGUGUACGUUCUAUUUCAUUGAACUUCUGUUUAAUUGUUCCAAUUAUUCCAUCUUUUAUUUUAAAAAAAGUUAAUUUAAAAUAAGUCAAGAUCUAUUCAAAUGUCUUUGAAAUUUAGAAAAUUUACUCUUAAGAAACUAGCAGACUAAAAUCAAUUCUGCCCACAUAUGUUUUCAAUUUCUUUCAGUUUUUAUAUUUUAUUAAUAUUUACUAUAUAAUAUUUAAAUCUAAAAAACUGUCAAACUUAUUGCAUCUUUCAGCAAUGUUCAAGAUAUUAACUUUCUUAUCUCAGGGAUUAGGUACAGAUGAAGAUGUUCUAAUUGAAAUAUUAUGCACUCGGUCCAAUGCACAGAUUCAGGAAAUCAAAAAAGUCUACAAAGAAAGUAUGCAUAGAUAAUAUUAUCAAUGAAAGUUAUUCAUAAAGCAUUUUUUAAAUUAAUUUUUUUUUUAAAAUCUUGCCAGGUUUGGCAGAUAUAAUGUUGUCUAGAGUUUAGGUCUCCUUUUGUUAUGGGCACAAUUAACUAUUUCAGACUUUGACUCCUUCUUUCCCCCUAGACCCUGCAGAGCUGAUGCUGUGAGAUUCAAAUUAUAACAGUUUCUUUGUUUACUGGCUUCAUCUGCAUGACAGUUCAAAAUGCAUACACAAUAAUCUCUGACAUUCAGAAAAAACAUGAGUGUCUAAAAAAUCCUACACAUCCUUUUACAAAAACAUGGUAACAGAACUCCUAGCAAAAACAUAUUAAUUUACAAGCCUUUUAUAGUCAUGUUUUCAAGCCAGUCUAGCCCUACGUGAAUGAUUUCACAUAACAAUACAGCUACACAAUAUCAUGUGAUCUGACCAUGAAUGAUUUCACAUAACAAUACAGCUACACAAUAUCAUGUGAUGUGACCGUGAAUGAUUUCACAUAACAAUACAGCUACACAAUAUCAUUUGAUCUGACCAUAAGAUGAGGUUUCUGCUAUCUGGAGCGUUAGCAAAUGUGUUUUGAGAAAUGGGUGUUGUUGAAUUUUCUCUGAAGUUUUAAACAGGAAUUUUAACCCUUUUAGUCAGAACAUUUGCUUAAAAAAUUACCAUGAAAUGUUGUGAAAAUGUUAAACACUUCACAUGAGAUGUAAGAAAGUAUUAAAAGUAUACUUGCACAAAUUUUGUAAGUUUAUACCCCCCAAAAAUAAUGUUUCCAUACAUGUAUCCAACCUUAUGAAUACAUCAAUACCAUCCCAAAAUGUAUCCAGUUAUAUAUGCAUACACAUCUACAGACAGUCUAUUGUGUAUCCAAAGUUAUAUGCAUGAUAUCCUGACAUUUAUGUACACAUGUUUUCAGAUCUGUAUCUAGAGAUACAUGAAGCCAUAUACAUACAUUUACCUAGGCAUGUAUUCAGAUAUGUAUCCGGAAAUUUGAUCGAAAGAAUUUUUGUCUUCGAUAAAUUGAUCGAUGGUAAUUCGAUCUAAAGGAAAUUUGGUCUAAUCUUUUUUUCAGUUUUUACGUUAAAAUUUUGCUUCAAAUUUUUUUUGAACACAUUAUUUUGUUUCACUAUAUAGUAUAACAUUUGAUGAAAAUUUUAAUGUGUGAGCUGAAAAAAAGAUUCGACCAAAUUUCCGUUUGAUCAAAUUACCGUUGAUCAAUUUGCCAUCGACGAAAUUUCUUUUGAUCAAAUUUCCGGUAACCAUUCAGAUAUGUAUACACAUAAACAUUUAUGCAGCUUGAUCAGAGUUGUUUCCAAGGAUAAAGUUAGAAUAACUCACACAUAAUGCAGCCAUAGAGGAAAUAUAAUAAUGUGCAACGAGACAUUUAUGAAGAAAUCUAGGUGUGUAUCCACAGUUGCUGUUUGCAGAUUUAUCCAGCAAAAUGCAGACAUGCAUAUUCAUGCUUGUAACCAGAUAUAUAUGCAAACCUUCCCAGACAUGUAUUUAGACAUAUAGUUUGAAAAUGAUAAAGCAAUAUUCUAUAAAUGAUGCAUAUUUUAAAUAAAAUAGUAAUGAUGAAUCUAUAUUCUACUGUCCUGACUAGAAUUCAAUAAAGAUCUGGAGAAGGACAUCAUUGGAGAUACAUCAGGCAACUUUAAGAAACUGCUAGUGUCUCUGAUUCAAGCUAACAGAUCUGACAGCAAUGACGUUGACAGAAAUAUGGCUAAUGCGGAUGCUAAGGUAGGCUCAGCGAAUUCCAAAUUUGAAAAAAUAGAAACCCUUCUGCAUUUCCUCUUAUGAUCUGAACUUUAAACCCCCUGAAAAUGUGAUAGAGCUUAAAGUUAAUACCAAAGGUCUUUAUAUCCAUCAGGCUCUCUACCAGGCUGGAGAGAAGAAAUGGGGAACGGAUGAGUCUCAGUUCAACAAAAUCUUGGCCUCUAGAAGUUUUCCUCAGAUCCGGGCCACACUAGAGGAGUACCAGAAAAUUUCCAAGAAGGACAUGGAGGAAGUACUGAAAAGUGAAUUUUCUGGCGACAUUCUCAGUGGCAUGAAAUCUAUUGGUAAAUUCACAUUCAUUUUUGUUCCUUUGAUACUUUACUGUUGAUAUUUAUCACAGCAUCAAUAUCAUUAUGAUCAUUUGUUGAACUAAAAAAAAAUCUCAUUGACAUUGAUUAAAAAAUCAUAAUUACAGUGCGAUGUGUAAGGAAUCGAUUUCAUUACUUUGCUCGACAACUGCAAAAAACCAUGUCUGGCUUGGGGACAGAUGACAGCAGUCUCAUUCGCAUCAUCAUAAGCCGUUGUGAGAUUGACCUGAUUCAGAUUAAGGAAGAAUUUAAAAAACUGACAGGGAAGACACUAGAACAGUUUAUCUGCGUAAGUAGCAGUUGUGUUAUAUUCACCAAACAUACUGUUAUCUUAUUCUAAAUUGAUAAUUAUCAUUUCCCUCAAAACUUGAACUAAGAGCUAGAGCAUAUGUUUUGUACUAAAAAUUGUAUUUGUGAAUUAAUUAUAAGAAGUUCAAUUUUUUUAAAAAUCAGAUUUUAAUUGUGUCUCUUUUUCUUGUGACUAAAGGAUGAUAUAUCUGGAGACUAUCAAAGAUUGAUGUUGGCCCUUGCCACUGGUGGCCCACCCCCUAAAGCAACAGGUGUAAUUUAAAGAUUCAGAUUUUUAUAAUAAUUACUAAUAUUAAAGUGAACAGUAUUAAAGUUCAACGGUAAAUGUCUCAUCUAAUGUCAUCCCAUUUGUACUGCCCUGAAAUUGUGCUAUGUCUCUAUGCCUGAGCUGUUUUAUCUAAUGUUUUACAUUGUCCAGAUUUUUUUAAAAAUCUGAAUUUUUUAAAAUAAACUUUCUUUAUUAGAGAAAUAUUAUUAUUUAUUAUUCUUUAGCUGGCAAAGCAUUUGUAGAAUCUGUCAAGAAUAAAACAGAUCAACAACUGGAUGAGGACGUCAAGUUGGAAAAUGAGCCAAAGAAGGUAACCAGAAGCGUGUCAAAAUUAGUUUAACCUAAAUGCUAUUAAUAUAAAAUAUGUUCUCAUCAGAAGCCUGUCACAUUUUUGUUUCACCUAAAUGCUAUUAAUAUAAAAUAUGUUCUCAUCAGAAGCCUGUCACAAUUUGUUUCACCUAAGUUUUGUUAAUAUAAAAUAUGUUCUCGUUAAGUUUUGUUUUUCUAAUUGGCAAAUAAAAACAUAUUAUGGAAAUGCUCUGUUUAUGUUCACAGGAAGAUCCAACUCUGCUGCCAUUUGCAUCAUUCAAUGCUGAACAAGACUGUGCUGUUCUCAUGAAAGCCAUGAAAGGUUUAGGUAUGUUAACUCAUCACACCCACUAGAUGCAGUCAUACACCAUGAUACGCACAAGACAAUUCAAUCAUACCCACCAGAUGAUGCAAUCAUACACACAAGAUGAUGCAAUCAUACUCACUUAAUGAUGCAGUCAUGCUCAUCAGGCGACAUUCUUCUAUUAACGAGAUGACAUAAUCCUAUUCACAAGAUGACAAAAUCAUACUCACUUAAUGAUGCAGUCUGUUAACGAGAUGACAUAAUCCUAUUCACAAGAUGACGGAAAUCAUACUCACUUAAUGAUGCAGUCUAUUAACGAGAUGACAUAAUCCUGUUCACAAGAUGACAUAAUCAUACUCACUUUAUGAUGCAGUCUAUUAACGAGAUGACAUAAUCCUGUUCACAAGAUGACAUAAUCAUACUCACUUAACGAUGCAGUCUAUUAACAAGAUGACAUAAUCCUAUUCACAAGAUGACAAAAUCAUACUCACUUAAUGAUGCAGUCAUGCUCAUCAGGCGACAUUCUUCUAUUAACGAGAUGACAUAAUCCUAUUCACAAGAUGACAAAAUCAUACUCACUUAACAAUGCAAUCUAUUAACGAGAUGACAUAAUCCUAUUCACAAGAUGACCAAAUCACUGGGAUAAAAAGAAAAAUCCUCCUGAUGUGCAACAAAAAUGUAGCGCAGCCGCUGGCUAACACGCACAGUUUUAUUUAAUCCUGUAUAUGGCUCAAUCAUUUUACCCUUUUUAACAUCUCCAGGCACUGAUGAAAAAGCCAUUAUAGGUGUGCUAGCAUACAGGUCAAUGGAGCAGAGGCAAAAGAUUGCUCUUACCUUCAAGACUCAGUUUGGAAAAGUUGGUGUUUUUUUUUUGUUUCGUCUUUUUUGUUGUUUCUUUGCUUUCAUCAUCAAAUGCUAUUACAGAUGAUUGGUUUAAUUGUUAAAAGUUUUUUUAAUUGUAAUAUUUUUUGGUGGUUUAAUGUCAUGGUCUUACGUUGUUUCAAAUUAACUAGCAAUCAGUCAUGUCUGAUUAUGAAAUUGAGUUGUUCUUAACAUGUACUAUAAAACCUUGUUGAUGAUGUGCAAGUGUGUGUAUAAUGCUCACCACUUUGAACCUAAGAUGUUCUUGUUAUAACCAAAACUUGCCAGAAGUAACUAUGCUAUAGUGUAGUUGAAGUCCAUCACCUUUUUAACUGUGGGUCUAUUCUAUUCAAUAGUAUUAAUGUUUUUUUUAGGUUUGCAAUAUUUAAUUAAUUGGCUCAACUUUUGCACCAUCAGCUGUAAUACUAAGAAUUGUGAUCAGAAGCGUUUAUUUUGAUCUAUUAAUUAAGCGUUUUGCUGAAUAAAAGUAAAUGGACCUCACAUUGUAUUAGGCAAUAACGUAUAUGAUAAGAACACAAAGAUAUAUAAAUAUUAGUAAGAGCCCGCCAAAUGAUAGUGAAGGCAAUGCAGGAACUUCCCAUCUACUAAAGUUACUUGACAAAACAUGCAUUACACUCAUGCACCUUAUAAGAUCCCCAAUUAGUACUACACCCCUUCCCCCACACCUGCACACCACGCACACCUUUUUCACACCCGUAACUAUAUUAAUAUUCUAAUGUUCUACACCCUUUUACAUGGCAGAUUUAUUACAUCAUAUUUAAAUUGAGACAACAUCCGUAAAAUAAAAGAAAACAAAUGUACAUGCCAUAUUUUUAAGAAUCUUAUCUGGAGUUUUAUGUUUUUCACACUAGUGAACCCAUCAUAACACCAUACUUUCUGUCAUACAUAGAGAAUUAUAUUGAUUGAUUUUUAACAUUUUAUGUUUGGCUUCUGUUUGCUCCAAAUUUACAUAUAUUUUUUUCCCCCUGCUUAUUGACUUAUUGUCCCUACUGUUGAAUUUAACAUUACUGUGAUAUUGUUGCAGGAUCUUGGUUCAGAGUUGUCCAGUGAACUGAGUGGAAACUUUAAAACUCUUUGUGUUGAAAUGUUGUUAGGACCAGCAGAGUUUGAUGCUAAACAGCUGAAUAAAGCCAUCAAGGUUCAACUUGCAUUUUAUCUCUUCAAACUAGUUAAAUUAGCUCCCUUGCAACCAGAUUAACUGGUAUUUAAAUAUUGUUAUGUUAAGUUGAUAAAUUGUUGCUGAUGUGGUUCAACUGUUGAUUUCAACACAUCCGGUUUGUUUUCUUUUCUUUAGAUGUCCAAUUAUAACUUUAAUACCAUCUUGUUUGUUUGAAAUACUUUUUUUAGAAUUGUAAUUUAUGUUAAAAAUAAAGUUAGUUCUGAAAUAGAUUAAUUGAAAAACAUAAAGGAAAUAACUAUUACAUAUCCCAUUUUUCUUAUUGUAUAGGGCCUCGGGACAGAUGAGAAAGUUCUUGUUGAAAUUAUAUGCACUCGCACCAAUGCACAGUUGAAUAAUAUCAAGACUGCUUAUAAAACAAGUAAAUAUUUUGUUCAUCUCUUUUUGAGGAAACCCUAUUGAUAAAGACUAUUUAUAAAAAAAAUUUCAGGCAAAUAUAAAAAUUUAUGUAAAUCUUAAAUGGUUGAUUAUAAGCAUUAAGCUGCAGUUGUAGCUAAUCAAACAGCAUGAACAGUAAUCUUAACCAACCUUUCACAAUUUAAAUCUAUGACAAAAAUUUAUAUACAUUUAAAUGGCCAGAGUUUCAUGAAGUAGCAAACCUACAAAAGAAAUAUCAAGCUGUAAAUAUUGCCCUUAAUGUCUAUUAAGGAAUAAAUUAAAUACAUUAGUGAUUAUAUAACUGGAUCUCUAGGGGUUUAAAAAUGUCUAUUGAAUUAAUUGAAGUACCGUCAAACUUCAGAAUGUCUAUUUUUGUAUUUUUUCAGUGUUUAGCAAGGACCUAGAGACAGAUAUUGCAGGGGAUACGUCUGGCUACUUCAAACGUUUGCUCAUUGGAUGCCUGCAGGCAAACAGGCCAGAGAGCUUAGAAUUUGACAGAAACAUGGCCAAGCAGGAUGCUCAGGUGAGCCAUCUUGUAAAGACAAAAAAUUCAGUUAAAUUCUCCAGUUUUAAAAUUAACUGUCUUACAUGAAACUUCCUGUCACACACAACAGCUUACAUUCUUUGAGAACUGCCUCCUUUUAACUUGUCAGGGGUCAACCACCAAAAUAUAUUUGCCUACAGCCCGGUAACUGAGACCAUACCAAAACCAUUUUCCUCUUGUCCCGAUCCUUACAUCUUUUUACAUUUUAAUGUAUUGCAGGUCAUUCUACAUCAUUAACUGAUAUUAUUUUUCUUGUUAUCUCAUGCCUAUAUAAUAUGUUGAGCAUAAAUCCAGUUUCAUCCUCCAUUUCCCUUAUAAUACAAUUUUCAUCAAUCUUAAAAAAGUUUUCUAUGAUACAAUACACAUUUUUUUCCUGAAUUCUGAUUACACAAACAAUAUUUUACCUAAGUAUCUUUUUUUAUAUGUGACAGAAACAAGCAUAUAUCAUAAAAUUAAAUGUCAAACCACGGGAGAAUCAGAAAUUUACAAGACGUUGCCAAAAUUUUAAUACAUGCAAUCAUCUUUUUAAAUUAUUGAGGAAAUAAAGAGCAAACGCUAAUUUUCUAAAUUUUCAAAAGCUUAUCCCAGAACAUAAUAUCUGUAAAUGUGUUUGCUUUCUUCAGGCUUUGCUUGAAGCUGGAGAAAAGAAAUGGGGCACUGAUGAAUCAAGAUUCCAUACAGUAAUAGUUUCUCGAAGCUAUGCCCAGUUGAGGGCAACAUUCCAAGAAUAUGCCAAAGCUGCAAACAAAGACAUUGAAGACAGUAUAAAGUCAGAGAUGAGUGGAGACUUAAAGGAAGGAAUGUUGGCCAUUGGUAUGAGACUAUUAAUUUUUUUUUUAAAUUAUAAUAUUUUGUGUACUUUAAGACUAAUAACAGGAAAAAGCAAACAGAAGAAAUUUUUGUGAAUGAUUUUAUGUAAUACACUUUCACAAUUAGACAAAAUGCUCUAAAUAACAAAAUAAUGUGAAUGCUAAAUUAAAUAUGUGUCUGCUAUAAUUACUUAAAUUAUCUUUUCAGUGCGUGUUAUCAGGAACAAAUCAGCUUAUUUUGCAUCAGAGCUGCACAGGUCAAUGAAGGGAUUAGGAACAGAUGAUAAUACUUUGGUGCGUAUCGUUGCCUCCCGGUGCGAAGUUGACAUGGUGCAAAUCAAAGAAGAGUUCCAAAAAGCAUACAAGCAAACACUAGCCAUGUUUAUCAGCGUAAGCUCCUUAUACAUCUUUUUCUGUUAUAAUUCUAUAUUAUUUUUAUAUGCAUCAACGUAAUAUUAGUUUAGUUAUGAUUUUUAAAUUUAAAAUAAUUAAAAUGGAAUCAAAAUUUGCAGGAUUUUUUUCUAUAAAUGCUCUAUAUAUUUUAUUUCAUUUUCCAGGAUGACACAUCUGGUGACUACAGAACUAUGUUACUAACUCUUAUAGGUGAACCACCUGCCAAAAAAUAAGUAGAAAAUAAAUGAACCAUUAAAGUAAUUUUUACAUACAUUACAUGCCUGCCGAGAAGAUGAUUUCUCAACAAGAUUAGCAUUUGCAUUCUGUGUACUUUGAUUGUUAAUUUGGUAAAUGAUCUCAAUAUUCUCUAUUGAUAUGAAUGAAGAGAAGAAAAAUCAAAACACAAUAACUUUAAAAAUUAUUUGCGGUAUUGAGAUCCAGACCUUUCUUAUAUUUUGCAAGUAAAAUAAUUACAUAGCCUUUAGGUUGGGGGAAAUACAUUGACUAUCCUUAACAGUUUAAUAUAUAUGACUGAACUUGCAAAAUUAGAUUCUUAGAAAACGUUUUAUACACUUUUAGAUAAAUAAAUAUGUUACGCAUUGUGUGUGAUAACGAGUAGGGUUAAGUUUUGUUCUUGACAAAAUAAAAUAUGUAAUGUAUUUGAGAUGUAUACUCAUUAAUAAAAGCCUGUGAAAGCUACACAUAUUUAAUAGUUUUUAAAAUUUUUAAAAUAAUAAUUUUUUUUUUUUAUAUUAUCUUAAUGGAUCAAAAACACCAUUUAAUUAUACUUAAUUUAUGCCUCCACUAGACUGUCAAAUAACAUUACUUGUAUAUUUAAUAUACUUAAACUAAUAUUAUAUAAUUUACAAAUGAACAUAGGUAUUUUACAACUUGAUGUAAUGAGAUAAAGAAAAUCUCUGAAUUUUCCACACUGAUCAAAAUGAAUUUGUAUUAAUGUUAAGAAAUAUAGUUUUCUUGGUAAAGGCUGUAAAGUCUAUUAUAGUGUAAAAAUAUUCCUGUAUAUUGUUAAAAUUCUUUUUUUUUUCAAAGCAUCACAUAAUAUAUAUUAGCUCAUAUCUAAAAUAAAGUUAACGUUAUUAUACAUUUUCAGCACAGCAUCUUUACGCACAUAAUUAUAUCAAUAAUUAACAUUUUACUUUUGUCAAAAAAUAUUGCUUAAUAAUUAAUUUGGUUUACAAAAAAAUGUUAUAAAUUUACUGGGUACAUUAAAUUUGUUUAAAAAUUGAUUUGACCUUUUUUAAAUUAUGAAAUAAUUUUUUUCUGUUAAAAGUUAGGGUUAGUCGUCCUCAAAAAAGCAAAAUUACACUUAAAAAGAUCACACAUUUAUUAUACAAAAUUGAUUUGUCUUUGUUUAAAAAUAAUAUUUUUUCAGUUUUUUUAUUCCUCUGCAACAUUUUGUUUACAUUCAUGGUCCUCUUUUUUUUUAACAAUCAAUGGAAAUUAGUUGUAAAAACAUUCAUAUAUGCUUUAUUUUUGACAGCCUAUUGAAUUUCAAUUGGCGACUGUUGUGUAAAAUGAAAUUUUUUUUAAUACCGUUAGUGUAAAUGUUGGAAAAUUAAAGAAUUAAAAAUAUUACUUUAUCAAUGGAGUUUUAACUUUUGUUUAGGUAUGUCCUAAAUAUUAUUAAACCUUAAAUUCUGCUAAAAGUUUUCUUCCAUUGGUUAAAAUGAUUCGUAGGCCACUCUGAUUGUGAUUGAACAGGAAAGAUUUCCAUUAAUGAUUGAAAAAGCAAUAAGGAUUGUGAAGAGAGACCAAUAGUAACGAGUCAUUGAAAUCGCCUUUAUAAGAUUUUUCUUUUUAUCCAUUUUACUUUAGUAUGUAAUAUACUGGUGUAUAUUUUUACAGAUAAUUUUACUUUUAAUGUAUUUAUUAUUUACAAUAACUAGUUGUAAUAUGUAAUUUAUUAAAUCAUUAAUAAACAUUUUCUCCACUAAGG